UUUUCGGACAUUAAUCCAGCAGGACACAUUCCGGCUGACCCUGCCUCCCAAGCGUGCUUUGACACAAUCAGAGAAUGGAUUAGGAAGUGCGAUGCUCUGCACCCACAAUGCUCUCCCAAGACAGAUAUGUCAACGACGCCAACAAGGCUUAUCUCGGUCGGUUCGUCCUCAGAUGACAUCAAGCUGUGCAGCUCGAGUGAGAUGCCAGCUGACGCCCGCUAUGUUGCCUUGAGCCACACAUGGGGGGUAAAAGAAGAACGCGUGAAAGCCAUGCCCCUGCUCUUGACAAAGAAUUUGUCUGCUCGGCUGCUCGGUAUAUCAUCGCAUGAGCUCACGCAGACGUUCCAGGACGCUAUUACGAUUACCAGGAAUAUCGGCAUCGCAUAUGUCUGGAUUGACUCAUUAUGCAUUGUCCAAGAUGACCAUGAGGAUUGGGCUAAAGAAGCCUCCCGUAUGGCAGCGGUGUACAAGUACGCAUACUUGGUCAUCGCCGCGACAAGCUCGAAGAAUGGUGACGAUGGCUGUCUUCGUCCCAGAGUCCCGAGCCACAACUUAUCAGACCCGGUCAAUGGUAGCUUCCACGUACAACGACAGAUAUCCCACCGCACGAUCAUUGAGUGGCAAGCAGAGAGUAUCGAUAUGCCUCUUCUGGAUCGAGCGUGGUGUUUUCAAGAGCGGCUACUUGCUUCCCGAAUUCUUCACUAUACUGAACGCGAGAUGAUGUGGGAAUGUCAAGACAAACUCUGGUGUGAAUGUCAAACCAUUCAAUUCGAUGAUCCAUCGGCAAGGUCCAAUUUCGACAACCCAUUGACAACGAAACCGGACACGUUUAAGCUUUGUUAUGCCGCCGCGGUGGCAUCAACGGACCCUGAAAUACGUGCCAAUUCAUGGGACAAGGUCGUUAGAGAGUACUCCCAGCGGGCAUUAACGUUCGGAACCGAUCGACUUCCCGGUAUCUCUGGCAUUGCUAGAGAGCUUGCGCUACCAUCAAUGGGUAGAUAUCUGGCCGGGUUAUGGGAGUAUCAACUUCCGCAAGCGCUCUUAUGGACGUCCGUAGGUGGAGUCGUCGACCGUCCCUGGGUACUUCCAAGACCUUUGCGAUAUGCGGCGCCCACGUGGUCUUGGGCAUCGACA